AUGUCUGUAUCGCUCAGAAGUGCUUCUCUCCAGCCACGCUGCCAGUCUGUGUCCUGCCGAACUCCGAAGUGCGAUCGCAAUGCCACCUGCGCAACCUCCUCGCAUAGGUCGCUGCAGACUCCGUAUGGAUGCUGCAGUGACUACAUGAUGCUCAUGUUGGCAGAUGUCACCGGAUGGCUUCACGAGCAGAACAUCCCCUACUUCAUCACGUACGGUACGCUGCUAGGUGCUGUUCGAGAGAAUGACAUCUUGCCCUGGACACAGGAUAUGGACAUCGUCAUUGAUCGCCGCCACUGGCCUGAGCUCCAGCGGGGCUUGGAGGCAGCAGAGUUCUUUGGUGGGAGGCGGUACCUCUUCGGAGUGGAUCAGUGGGAGGAGAAGGUCUCCAGAGUUUGUGCAGACUGGGAAGGCUUUGCUUCAUCCAUCAUUGGUGGGCAAGAAGGUGAUCGUUUCAGUCGGCCAGCUGACUUUCAUCUGGAUGUGUAUGCCAGCGAUUGGUGGCAGAUCACGGACCUUCACCUUGUUGAUUGCGUCGAGCCUCUUGGGUCUACGAAUCUCCAGAUUCGUGGCCGCAAUUUCUCGGCACCUGCACGGCCACGAGCGUGUGUGGAGAAGCUGUACGGAGCGGAAUGGCGCAUUCCAAAGAAGGCGCUCGCUGGCGUGAACUAA